AUUCCCAUACAGCAUGAUACGUACUCUCUCAAUCGGUCAAGCAACCCUCCCCGUUCGCAAUAGACCAUGACACCAGUCUUCAAGCGAUCUGGAACGGAGUAUGGCCCUUAAGGGGAGAGACGUCGCUUUCGCUGGUAUCGUCUGCUUCAUCGCAUGGGGCUAUGCCACUAGCUGGUUGCCAGCCCUUCGAUGGGCUGGAUAUGCCUUCGUCGCUGGUGCUAUCGCCACCCUUCUGGCCUGCCUGCUCCUCCUACUGACAUCUCGGAGCUCUGCCUACGACCAGCGAAACAGAUCAUCGAGACCCAACUCGGUCAGCUUUGCAGGCGCCGGAUCCUGGCGUCGGGAGGUCGCCGCCCUACGAAUUCGACAAACCUAUGUUAAGCGUCCUCUUUAUCCCGCCUCCCCCUCCGUGUCCCUCGCCUUGGACGACUUGCUCGGCCUAAUUAUACGAGAUUUUGUCGAGUCGUGGUAUUCGAACAUCAGCAAGAACCCGGUGUUCUCCAAUGAGGUGGACAGGGCAAUUCGACACGCGCUGGACGGAAUCCGCGACCGCUUGCUCGAGACAGACCUAGUCGAGGUGGUCACAGGUAGGAUUGUUCCGUUGUUGACGACUCACUUCCGGGACUUCUACGAAGCAGAAAAGGCAGUGCGCGGUCGCAAGUUGAACCGAGAUGUCACUGAGUCCGAGGAACUCGACCUGGCCAUCGCCGCAAAGUAUAGAGACGGCAAACUCCAUCCCGCCCUGUCUCUGGCCUAUUCGGAUACAAGACUGCUACAGCAAGACCACCUACGACGCACUGUUUCCAAAAUCCUACCAAGCGUGCUCCCCGGUAGCCUGCUUGACAGUCGGGUGGUAUUCAGUAUUGUCCGCGAAAUCGUCGCCUGUGCUAUCUUAUUUCCCACCUUGCAAUUGCUAUCCGAACCAGACACGUGGAACCAAGUUAUGGAGAACUAUGGGCGGAGCAUGUUGCAGGACCGCUCGACGGUUCGUAAACUUCGUGCGGCUUUAGAUGCGCAUACGUCGCCGGCGCCAAAGAGAUCCAAACCGAUAGCGUUUCCGCGGCUCAGUGUAGGGGAUGGCGAGCGUCGUUUUGAAAGAUUUAUCAGGACGAUCCGCAAGCUCAACAACCUAUCCGACGCCAGGAGAUUCCGAAGUGAGGUAGCGAGCCAACUGAAAAGGGACUCUCAGCAAGCCAGCCAAGAUCAGGUCUACCUCCGUCGAUUAGAGAUGGGCAAGCGACUACUUGAUCAGAGGGUUCAGCAACUGGCCGCGGCGGGUGAUAAGCAGCCCGUCCCAAUGUCAAGUAACCUGCCGCCAAAUGCCGGAUUAUCUAAACUCGAGAAUGCGUCGUUGGUCGAGCUGCUGCGUGACACAUCAGGUCUCUCUUAUUUCAUGGAAUACAUGGACAGGCAAGGCUUGAUGUCCCUCGUGCAGUUCUGGCUGGUCGUGGAUGGGUUUCGAACGCCCCUAGAAGAUGAUGGUCCCGAUGACGAGCAAUUACCUUCCACAUUAAGUCCCUGGUCUGAAUCCGAUCGGGCUGAUCUCGCCCAAAUCGACCAAGCAUACUUGUCUCGGCCAGAACUCAAGGUACCAGCUGGGUCACGGCGUGCCAUACGUGAGUUCCUCGAUGCUGGUGCCGCAGCCUCGCCAGCACAAUACCACAAGGCACGACGUGCUGUACUGCGGACGCAAAGCACCGUGCUCGAGGAUAUGCAAUCUAAGCAUCUCGGUUCGUUUAAGAAGUCAGACCUGUUCUACAAGGCCCUCGCAUCAGAGGAAGCGUCACAGAGCAUUCCCCUUGCUCAACAACCUUUAGCUGGGCCGUCAACAGCUCCGCCUCCCCCACUUCGCGCUUCACAGUCGUAUGGGUUACGGGCCUCGCCCAUGUCGGCGUCAGGCACCAACACCUUGAAUACCCAGGUAAGACGAGGUCUAUCUGCCGUGGACUUGAAAGCCGCAGCUACCCAUGGUCCGGAUCUUUUGAUGGGCCAUCGACGCUCGCUAGACGACAAUCCAGUUUCGCCCCUAUUUGAUGAUGACGACCUUGAAAAUGAUCUGAUGGUUGGAUCGGUGCAAAGCCUUGAUCAGGAACCAUCAAGACCCGUACCUGAUACCCAGGUUGUCCAGGCGAUGGAAGAGGCACUCAAUACAAUCAUGGAGGACGAUCGGCCGCAAACUGCAGAGGACCUUCGCGAGUCGUUAUUCGGGCACGACGAUGGGACGUCUAGCUUGUUCUCAACCCAGGAUAUUGGCUCGACCAGGGGCUCGCUAGACCAUCAACGUCCAAUGCAACCCGGAAAGGAUGUCGAGAAACCCAGUUUGGCGUCUCUCGGACUUGUCAGCCCAGCGUCUAGGAUCGGUGUUUUCGUGGAUGACGAUCUCUUUGGGGACGAAGAUAAAUUUUUGUCGGACGAACAAGAAGACCACAAUGCAGAAGGGAAUGGCGAGGACGAGGAUGAAGUGCAUGAAGCCGCGCCUGGAGACCUGGGUCUCGCGGAGGCCAUUGCUGCCCUUACCAACGACAUUGAACGACUAGCUGCCCAGGAGGCUGUCGUGGACUCACUUACGAAAAAGGCGGAGCUGACCAACAAUACUGCCGAGCUACGUAUCUUGCGGAAGUCGAAAGCAAGUCUGCGGAGAGAAAUUCGGCGGAAAGAACUACAGCGACAGCAGUACGUGAUUCAGGAGAGCGACAAUAGCCUCUAUGGUCGGGCAUCGAUCAGGAUCAAGUCGAUUCAGGUCGGCCGAGAGGAGGAUGGCAAAGAGUUCGCCUUGUACGUAGUCGAGGUACAGAGGGACGCGGGGGAGAAGAUGCCAGCCGCCACCUGGAUUGUAACGCGGCGAUAUAGCGAGUUCCUCGAGCUUCACCAGAAACUACGCGACAGGUACCCGUCAAUACGUAAUCUCGACUUCCCGCGACGGAGGAUGGUCAUGAAGCUUCAAAGCGACUUUCUCCGCAAGCGGCGUGAGGCUUUAGAGCGAUACCUACGCCAACUACUCCUCCUGCCGGACGUGUGCCGUAGCCGGGAUCUUCGAGCUUUCUUAUCGCAAAGCGUGAUCACCCAGGGAGAGGACCUAAUGAGCCGGGAGGACAAAAAGGAUAUGAUAACCCGGUUAUACGACUCCGUCGCCGAUGGCAUGGAAGACAUCCUGGGGAACAUACCGGUUCUAGAUCAGCUAUCAGUAGCAGGACAGAGCCUUAUCGCAGCGGCAACUAGCCAGAUGAGCACGAUGCCGCUCAAUGUCAACGAGGAUGCCAUGACGACGGCCGAGGCCGAGGCCGAACUGAACGCCUUCGAGGACAAGGAGCUCGAACCGUUCAUCAAGCCGAUCUGCGACAUCUUCCUCGAGAUAUUCGGCCUCAACCGGGGGAACAAUUGGCUCCGCGGGCGGGCCGUCGUCGUCGUAUUGCACCAACUGCUCGGAGGCACUAUCGAGCGCAAGGUCCGAGACAAUUUCCGCCUACUGAUCCAAGAGGAUGCCGUUCUCAAGUACAUCGGUCUCCUGAGGGACAGCAUGUGGCCCGGCGGGCAGAUGAAUAAAAACCGACAGACCAGAACGGCGUCGGAGAAGGCGAAGACUCGCAGAGAAGCAAGUCUGAUGCUCGCGACGCUUGUCCCAGAUUUAGCCGGGAAUGUGGUUGGGCGACUGAAUGCGCAAGCGGCCAGUCGCAGACUUUUUGCAACACUCAACAACACGAGACUCAACGCCCAUUUGGUCUUCACGAUCGUAGAUGAACUAGUUGACGUUCUAUUUAACGAAGUUUGAUUAGGUUGGAGGGGGGGAGGAGGUAAUACUUAAUGUUGGUCUCUUCGCUUGGGCACGGCAUAGCAUUGGCGUUUGGAUGGGAGGGUUCCAGCGGGAGGGAAAGGCAAGGAACGGGUUGAUAAAUUACUGCAUGGUUGAGGGGUGUUGGCUGUUGGCAGGGAAGACGUAAUGGGGGAGUCGGAGGAGGCGGAGGAGGAAAGUGAGAGACGAUGAGGCUGCCGUUUGCCACAUCCCUGUAUGAAGUUGUUUCCGUGGCCGGCAACUUGUCAUGUGAGGCGAGCGCCUCCGCCAGGUACUACCAUUGACAGUUCGUGCCGGGCCGCUACCUUAGUAGGUGCCUAGGUACCUAGGUA